AUGGCAAGCGACCAAUUUUGGCUUUUUACGAGUGAUAUUUUGGAAGUAUCGAUCCACGACUUGGUCGAUAGCACCGGCAAACAAGUCGACCCGUCAUUGUUUGGGUCCUCAAGGAGGAAAGACAAUGUUAUUGUUGCAACACUGUUUGGUAUCCUUGGCCGAUCCUUACGCCGAAAGAAUGUAGAUCGUGACGAUAAAUUCUUUGGUUCGAGCGAGUUUAAGGCGACCAGAGAAGGUCUGAAUUCCAUGCAACUUGAAAAUAUGGCGGGAAACAAUUCUCCCGCCAUGAUCUUUCCCGAGACGCCUCCACCAGAUCCAGAUGAAUUCGAAGCCAUAGACACUACGAAAGCUUCAUCGAUCACUAUGGGCCUUGGGAAGCUGCCCUCUGAAACCCUGCAAGAGGUAGAAAAAAUUGCUGGUCCUCGACUGAAAUCAAAACUCGCGGGAAAGUUCGCGAAGGAGAGUUUGGAAGUGGUUAGAGCAACUGUUUCGUCGUGUGGAGAAGAUCUCGGAAAGGUUCUGGGUUAUGGGUUCCUGUACGCCGGCGAAGAAAAUGAAGCGUUUGUGCGAGAGGCCGUGUCUUCCACUGUCCUCACGGUAGCAGAUAAGAAAGGAGUAAGAAAGGCCUUCACGACAUUGCUGAAAGAAAAUGUAUACGAUGAUUAUGUCAAUUCAUUGAGGGUGCCUGAUUGGAUUCAGCUUUACGUGAAACUUGCUACAAAGCUCCCCAACAAAUCUUGGCAAACCCUUUUGAAUUUUUUAAACAUCGGCCGUAGCGGGGUAAGUCUAUUUUGCGUUUCUUUGUAUCUUCUACAAAUAUUAUAAUUUAGUAGAAACACAUGUUAAUCGCUGCAAUACACGAGGACUAUACGGAACUAUUGUUCUUAUGAUCACUUUGUAAACUGUCAAUAUUACUGCUUUUGUGUGAAAGUGUAAUGGUGAACUGUUAGAUUCAAUUUAUUUAAAUGGAUAUGAGUGGAUAUUUUCAAUUUGAUUAAAGCCCUAGUAGGAAAACAGGAAAUAUCUUAUUUUGUCAAUUUAAAGGCUGGUGAGUGGCCGACAACUGUUAGUAAAAGUGAGUAAAAAAUCACAUUGUACUGAGCUAGGAAACUGAUACAAAAAUUAAAACUUUAUUUUACAAUGAUUUACAAUGUAAUUAUAUAAACUUUAUUCUGUGUAGGUUAUGAGGAUUUUAACAUUAUCAGAGAUUUUGAACUUUGGCCAAUGUCAGGUGGUGAUCUUUUCAGGUCUGCUGCUUUAGACUAUCUUGAAAAUGAUAUUCACUGAGCAAAGGUAUUGCAGUAGGACUUCUGACCUAAGACAGCUGUAGCUUCUCUCUUAGAGCUAGUUUUAAAUUGUGGAAUGUGUCUGUUUAUUAUACAGAAAGCUAUUGAUGCUGGUCUUCUGCUGACCACAAAUAAAAUCCGUGCUCAGAAAGAUCUUGUCUUUUCUGUGACAAGAAACAUAUUCCAGUUGGAACCCCUUGCUGAGUCCAUACGUGGUUGUAGCAUAAGUUUGAAAAUGGCUGUGGCAUGGCAAAUCAGGCAAAGCCGUUUGCAUCAAGCAACGAUCUCGAAGAUGCAGGAGUUCAAUUUGAAGCUUGAUGGAAGACCUCUUGGAGGUAUGUAUACAAAAUACCCAUUGUCUCCAUCAGAUAUGCCUUAGUAUGAUGAAACUUUAAUGAGUUGACCUUAUCAAAUUAUGUAUAAAAUACACAACUACAAGUGAAAUUUUUUAACCCGCUAUGAUGAUUUGACCUUUCUUUACUAAUUUGCCAUCUUAGCCCUAUAGAUUUACAGGUUGAACAAUUUGAACUUGAAAACUGAAACUGUUUUAAAUGAAAAUAAUUUCUAUCAGGCUCAAAUUAAGUCAUCAGCAUCACACAUGUAAGCUAGUAUAAUUACAUACAUACAUACAUGCAUGUAUACAUGCAUACAACAUGAUCUUUAUACUCGACUUUCAGAGUAAUAUCCUCAGUUCUAGAACAAAAAGAGUAAAAGGAAGGAAAAGAGAAAAAUCUAUUUACAUUGCGUUACAUUACACACAUGAAAAAAUAUUUAAAAUACCAUCAUGUGUCUGAAAGGAGAUUACUUUCAGGAGUCUUCUUUAACCAGUUAAAGUUACUGGCUCAGUUUGCAAAGCUGAUAGACACUGUAUAUUUAUUAGAUUCUGACUUCUUUGAUUCCUUCAAUCUGUAACACAGGGAGAGAGCAAGUGUCCGCUGGAAUUGUUCCUAUUAAUUCAACAACUGCAGGGAAUACUACGAAGGGUUGUCAGAGUUCCUUGGCAGUUUACCCUCUUGCUAUUGCAAACUGUUCAGAGAAAAGGUAUGUCUAAAAUAGGUUGCCAUCACAUACAUGGGAACAAAACUGAGUAUUUGACUUUUUAAGCCAAUCAUAGUGAGCAAUAUAAUUAUAUAUUUUUUUAUAACCUUUAAUCAAUCAGAUGUUUGACAUCUAACUAAAAAUCUCCAUUCUGUUCACACCUUCAUGCAUUAUGUAAGAUUUUUUUUGCCUGCAUUCUCCUGUUUUUUAAUUAGGAGUGAAUUGAAAAAGAUGGUCAUCAGGUUGAAUGAAGAAAAGAAGAUCCUUAACCCAUUCGCUCCUGGAGAUUUUGCCGAAAAACGCGUUUUGAAGCUAGUCGAGUGGUUUUCUGGUCACUGUCGUGCUAUAAAGAGCUAAAACUUACCACAAACCGGUUUACAGGUCGUACACUUGGCGGCCUUCUGAUCCAGAUGCAAAAUAUCAGCUAGCGAAGUUCGGGCAUGCGCAGAAAGCAAAAUUUCGACAUAGUUUUUGGGUUUAAAAGUGACACAGCAGUCUUGACUUUUACUUUUCGCUUUCUCUCCUCCCUUCUUUUUUCGCUUUUCUUGCCUCAUUUUUUUUUUCUCUUGCUGGGCAUUUAGUAGGCUUUAUUUUGGUGGGAAGAGUUUUUAGGAAAGCUUUUAGGAUCUUAGGAUUAGGUGAAAGGAAAGGUAGGUGGGUAAUGGAACAAGAUUUUCAUGGAGAUUUUCAGGUCCUUCCCGUACGAACGACGCAACGCUGCCGCAGCGCUGCAGCAGUUCACUUUUAUGGUUGCACAGCGCUUAAGCGUCUGUAAAGCAGUGCUCGUGAGUCGCUAAAGCAGAGAACGUCACAUUUCGUGCACUGCGAAAGCGCUGCAAAAUUUUGCCACGGUAAAGCAGCGGUAAAGCAGCGCUGCGGGCCGCUGCUUAAAAGCUGCAAUGAGACUUAGAUAUAAACAUUGAAACCACUCCAUAUGACAACCUGAAUACAAGCGACGCUUGAGGCUGCAUUAUCGCUGCACAACGCUGCAGAUACCAAAUAAGGACUUAAAGAUCUUCAAAAUUAAAACCCUGGAGAGCAAACCCGUACGAAACUUGCAGCGCUGUACGGCGCCACAAAAUAGCUGUACAGCUAAAUUACAGCUGUUUAGCAGCAUUUUAGAAGCCAAACAACAGCUUAAUCCAAGUUGCAGCGGGAUGCAAAAGCGCUGGUGCUGCCUUUGAAGCUCUCAGCAGCAGUUUUGCAGCGCAGUUGCCGACUUUCAAUAGCUGCAGUAACGAUACAAUUCAGCUACGCUGGAUCUGAUAGCACAACGUUCUUGAGCGCUCAUAACAUGAACCGCCAGAAAAGCCUUUUGCCACAGAUUACGGCUUUCAUAACGAGAAAACUUUGACUGUACCUCUAAGAAAUGUGAGUAAGCUUAUACGCGGGGAAGAUCACUUAUUGAAUAAACCUCCAAAUUCUAUGCUUUUGGAAUAAAGAUUUCAAUAAAUUUUAUUCCGUGACUGGCGAGUGUGGGAAUGUUAUCGCUAAUUCCCUGGAGACAUUCUAGGCUGUAAUCUAAUUGGUCGGCACUUUUGCAUCAGAUCACAUUACAUCGCUGGACAAACAUUUGCGACCGUUGAAUGAAAGGCGCAAACAUUCAUACAUUGUAAGUGUUUAGCAUCUAGUUCAGUGUUUCGAGGUGGAAGUUCUGUUGAUGUUUUUGGAUGGAACAGCUCAAAGGUAUUUGUAAACAACGGCACUGUUCAGUGAAUUCUACGCGAAGUACCGACGAAUCGAACCAGAGCAAGCAACACAGAUACAAGAAUCUGAGCUGGGGUACGCAUGUAUUUACAAGAUUCAAACGUUCACGAUGAUGUACGUUCCUUAGUCCAUUGUAAAUUUAACGACGACCAAGGUAAAAUUGGGUUGAUUUUUUCAUGAAAACAGUGACGGCAGAUCGUGGAUCAUGGACAAAACGUCAAGGUGAGCGAUGUUAGGCUGUUGCAACGAAUCAAAACAUCAUUUGGCUGCUGUCCGUGCAAACUUUAUGUAGAACAAUCGCUCUUAUUCUCUUUAUUUUAAAAAAAGAUAAACUUCAAUGUCGGCAUGUUAAGGGAUGUUCUUACAUUUAGAUGAGUGACCGUGAUUGCUGAAUAUUUACAAAGCGAGACUGUCGUAGAUUUUUUAUAUGUCACCUGCUUUUGUAACGUGUACGCGUGAAUACUAAUAAAGUAUCAGUUGCAUUUUGUAUUUCUUGUGGUUUUUACUCCGCUACUAUAAGGCCUCUUGUCAACUCCUUUACCAUGUCUCAUGAUUAUUGUAUUGUUGAAGUCUGCAUUUCUUUUUUUUGUACAACUGUUCUUGGCAGCGCUUCACUAACGCUGCACAGCGCUGCAUAAAAGCUGUUUAUCGACCGUAUGGCCUCGUGUGGCUAUUUUUUUGCAUCUUUACGGCAGCGCUCCUGCAGCUCUCAGUGUCGCUACCGCAGCGUUCACGCAGUCACAAAAAUGCACUGCUGCAGCGAACGGAAAACAGCGUUCGUGCAACCUUUCUGCAGCGCUCGUUGCAGCGAUAAUAAGUCGCUAAAGCAGCGCUGUUUUAACGUCUUCUGUAUCGUACGGGCCUUGUCACGUGGUUUUUUGCUUCUUUCUCCUGUGUCCUUGACUGAAUUGUGCUGAUUCUGGUAUGGUUUGAAAGAUCUCUUCACUCUGCACGAGUUAGCGAAGAAAGUUGUCCUUGACCGCUAAAACUGAUGACGUCACAAAGGGUAGAAAGGACCUGGAUCUGCACGGGCGGUUACGGGCGGUUCAGGGGCGAAUGGGUUAAUCAAAAAACCUAAAAAGGGCCUUUUACCAACUUUUUCACCUAAUUUUACAUGAAAUAGACAGAUUUGGUUGUUUUAUGCUGAAAAGUGGAUUUUUUUCAAAAAGCUUGGUACUCUGCUUAAAGAGGAGGGUAUCACUGUAGAUGGUAUACACUAUGACGUUUCAUUUACAGGUACUCUUAAGACUUGUUACAAAAGAGAUUUGUUUUGAAAGGGUACCUAAGGCAGCUUGUAGGUUGUCUUUAGUGGUUGUUUAGGCCAAUUAACUAUAAAUCUCCCUUCUAAAAAUCUGCUGUCAUAUAUGAUAUUUUAAAUGAUCUGCUGAUUAAAAGAGGUUGGUAGCAAUAUUAACUUUCUGUAUUAUUGUUUUAGUAUGUAGCUGCAAUGCUGAAUAUAAUUGUCAAAUUGUUGCGGCCGACACACUAACAUAUGCAAUCAAAGUACUGUAGCUUGGCGAUCAAUGAUCAACAAAGUAAGCCAAAAGCUAAAUCAUGCAGGGUGCAAAGAAAAUUAUUUUUUCAAGUAGCCCCAAAAGCUAUUUUGACGAGCAGAAUUGAUUUCACAGUUCUUGUUAUUCAAAUUCCUCAAAACACAUCACUUGCCUGUAGGGCAAGUUAAAAACAGAAUUCACUUAAGCGUGAUAGCAAAAUCCACUAUCCUCGGGCUAUCGCACACUACUUUCUUUCCAUGCUGUAAAUUAACCAAGAUUCUAAUGGUACAAUCUGUAUUACAUAUUGAGGAAUUGUUGUUAUUACUAAUAAAUUGAUUGUAAUAAUAGUUUAUACCACUUUGACAUUAUGGCUGUAAAUUUCUUAAUCUUUGCUGCAGUGACUCUUGAUUUGAAAUGCCUGUACCUGUUUCUUGAAAAGCUUCAUGAUGAGAACUUUGUGCUGGCUGGAAGGGGAAUCGAAAUUGAAUUUUGCUUCUUAUGUCAUGCUCUGCGGGUAUGUGCAGUCACUCAUCAUUUUUUUAUUAUCAUUUGCUUUUGGAGGGAACAAAGUUGUCAACAAACUUGUUAACAAUAUUGUAGUCCUGUUGUAAGAAGAUGUUGAUGAUGAAGAUGAAAAGUGGAUGGCAAUAAUGAUACUCCUAAAGGAGAUAUUGAUGUUUAUAUGUUAUGUAACCCUUCAUGGUUUACUGUAAUGACCAAAAGUAUACAAGAAUGUUAUUUUUAAAUGCUUUUGACAGGCCUGCCAAGAACAUUGGGGUGGUUCCUUUGAUGAGGUGUGCCUUACCUGCCUCCAAUCUAAGGCGAAUAUCGGAAGGUUAGUUAACCACAGUGACAGAUUAUAAUGCUAACUAUUAUAAUAAUAAUUUAUAAUUUACCAGUGAUACAGUUUGCAUAUGGUGCUGUGGAAUACUAUUACAGCAUGUAACACUGAAGCUGACACAGAGGCCACUAUUAUUUUUUUUUCUGAAUUUAACAUGAUUCUUAUAAUUAAGGAUAAUAACAAGAACUUUUAAAAUUUCCUUUCCUCAAAGAUGGUCUGGAAUUCGAGAUGAUCUCUUGUUUCUGUUGGAUGAGGACCUGAGCAAUGUUUCCCUAUGCGCACUUCACAGUGAGAUGAGGAACACAGAGCAGCUCCUAGGUUCCCUUGGUCUAUUUGCCUACAGGUGCAAUUCCCUCAGUGAAUGCAAUGAAGCCCUAAGCCAGUAUGGUCCUGAAUUGUCAAGGGGAUAUGACCGGAUAAAAGUGAAACUUCGCCAGGGCCAACAGACUGCAGUUGACAAGAACAACGUAUCUGUUGCAUCCUUCUCUGGUAAUCAAAACUUUUUGGCCAUAAGCCAUUGAUAAGCAACAUUAAAUUUGCUUUUUACAGGAUCCACCCAUUCUCUAACUUAAUACAUUUUAAUAUCAUUGAUCCUCAACGUUUCCUUAUGAUAAUAUAUUACCAAAAAUCAGGAAGCAAAAUAAUGUAGAUUGCUAGUAAUGAGUUUGAGGUUGGAUGCUAAAGUCCAAACUUAUUUACAGGUUUAAACUAUGCUGAAUAAUUAGGUUGAUUAUACCUUAUACCCACCUAUCAUGCACUGUCUGUUUUCUCACAUGAGCUUUUUUGUAGGAAAUACUGAGAGAAAGAUUCUUGAGAAUACUGAUGUCAUCGUUGACAAGUCUUUACCAAAGGGCAAAGUUGAAGGCUAUUACAAAGAGGUGAAUGGUGCCUCCCGAGAUGUGAUCUUAGGCUACGUGACAUUUACUAAUGCAACCAAGGAGGUAUGAUGGUUUUCGUAAUUUUGUCAGAUGUCAGAAAACUUUCACGUCAGGGAAAAUCAAUAUGCAUUUCAUUUCACUAUUGACUUUUAUAUCCUUUUGUGGGUUGCACGAUAAACUGACUUGAAGUGGAGUGAUGUGCUGGCAAUUGUUUAGCAGGGAAACAAGAAAUGAAACAAAAUCAACCCAGAACAAUUUUUUAAUUAAUUUCUUAGGACUUGAAGGAAGCCACUUUAUAAUUCCAUGCUUCAGGUCCCCAAGAAUUGUUAAGCCAGAUUUAGCUACAGACUAUAUUAAGUUCAUUGACUAAGCUGGCAAUAACAGGAACUGAAAAUUACUCUAAACACUGGUGCUUAUCGGUCAUGUUUUUUUGACAGUAUGUUGAGGACAUCUUACAAACUGGAAAGUUCAAGAGAGACUUUGGCAAAUUCCAGGAGGAUGUCAGUUUGGAUGAUGCUAAAGGUGAUCAUUUGAACAAAAGUAAUAGGUUUACAGGGGAUGGACAAACUGUUGGUCAUUUCUGACAAAUAUUUAUGUUGUAUUACGUUUAGAUAUUGUGUCCUGACGAAUUGAUUUUUUUUGUUAUACCAUAUGACAAGGAAACAAUGUGAAAAAAUCCCCUCCCUUCUUUUUUGUCUCAACAAAAUGGAGAUAAUUUGGUCAGACUUAAUGUCCUUUCAAGAAAGGAAAGUAACACUAUUUGCAACCCUCAUGGGACUAGUACAAACCCGCACACUAUGUUCUUUAGGAUCAGCUAAAGAUCUAUGAAUACUACAGUAUUCUGGUAUUUAAAUUUAGACAUGUGUAGCCUGAAUUUCAUGAACAUCUUUAUUUGGGGUAAUUGUUUCUUAAGAUCUAAAGAAGUUUCUGCAAGGUGAGAAGGAGGUUUUGUCAAAAGAGCUGGAAGAGGUUGAGCAAAAAUUCAUUGCCUGUGAGCAAACCUCUGGACCUUCAGCUCCUAUUGAUCCACCAGCAAAGAAAAAGGGAAGGAAGAGGAAAUCUGCACAGACAUGUGAGAAGUCUGAUUCAUCUUCAGCAAUGGCAGAACUUGCAGCCUCUCUUCAGAUCUCUCAUUUCCACAAGGUUUGUGAGCACUCGUGUUGAUCUUGUUUUUAAGUGAUAUUUUUCACCAAAAUUUAUAUCAUAACAAUUAAAGCACUGUGUGCUGGUUGAGGGUACCAUUCAAGAAUGCUGGGGUAGGAGUUAUAGAUAAUUAUAGCUUUCAGGUGUUCUGCUUAAGGCCAGGAAUCUAAUUCCAUACCAAUUCUUAUAACAACACAAGCUAAUAAACUUUAAUUCUCCACUGACUCAAAGUUUCUCUUUACAUUAAUGCAGGCCUUUAAAGGAUGGAAUGAAAUUGCUAAAGUAGUCAGAGAGAGUGAAUUUGAAGACAGCAGAGAUGAACAGAUAGACAUUUUUGAUGUCAAGGUAAAAUUUAUUCGAGGAACUAUUGCAUUCAAACAAGUAAAAUAUUUAAGAUGACACAUUAGUAUAGGCCAGUGAUAAUAUAAACAAUGAUGCUUAUGAAGAUAACAGCAACAAACAUAUAUACUGUUGUGCUUUUUAGCAAUUACCAAGUAAUGUGACGUCUAAUUUCGUGAUUUUACAUUUUUAUUUAACACUUUAGUGCAAGCUUUGGGGUUUCCUAUUGCGUCAUUUGUUUGGUGUCACUCUGGGGACUGGGGAUUAUGGCCAUCUAACUAUUGACCAUUCUGCUAUGCUGUUUCGCCUUCACCGCUCCUUUGCCAAGUACUCCAAUCAGGGAUUUGAGGCAUCGCACAAGGUUCAUCGAGCUCUUUAUUCCAGGGCAACCAAUCAUGACCAAGGAGGAGUCACUCAGUCUGGUAAGUUGAAAUAUCUAUUUUAACUGUGGAAAAUAGCUAUUUAUGUCUUCUUGGCAGCACAACUCUAAGUCAAUAAAAAUUGAAGCACUUCACAUCAGACUGUUUAGAAAGUUGGGUCUUGUAAGCAUAAACCAAUCAUUAAUAUUACCUAUUUUUGUUGACUUUGCUUCAAUAGUGGACCAGAUCAUAACCCAUUGGCUUUCAGAGAUGAUGCUAUUUUUACGAUACCAGUUUGUUAAAGCAAAGGAGUGUAUUGCAGAAGGUGUGUAAAGUAAUGUAGUUAAAAUUUUAUAUGGCAAAAUUGUGUUAGAUAUGCCUUAUAGGUUUCUGUUUGCUCAAAGUUUGAUACACUUGAUUCUGUUUAACCUUGUGACAGGUAAGAAAAACUUCUAUUUCCGUGGAUGUGGUUGGGCAAACAAAGCUGUCUCUUGGAGUACAGAAGACAAGAUCUGGAUAACAGCAAUGAAUCAGUUGUUUGAGUCACUGUAUGGAAAGGAUACUUUGAAGUAUGUUUUUGUUCAAGGCCAAGGUUCCAAGGUAGACGACAGUGACAGCCCCAUGCCUGUCUUCUACUAUGAUCAUAAGCUGUGGGAGGAAAACUAUGAAAGUUAUAUAGGGCUAAUUCAGUCUGAUUUUCCAAAGUCAAAGAAAUCUUUGACACCUCAGUUGGAUAUGUGUCCUCUACAGCCUGAGAUGUCCAGUUCCUCAACAGAGUCUGAAUAUGUGACAGUUGGUCUUCCAGGUACUUCCCUUACUGAAGAUAAUCCCACAUUACACAUUGAAGGUACCACAGAUAAUCCAGGUAUAUCUUUCAAUACCAUCACAGAUGAUAGUUCUCCCUCACAUGGAGAUAGCCCCAUGUCAACCAGUCUAUCAAGUUCUUCUGGCAUAGCAUCCAUUUCAGGGUCCGUUGCUCAAAACAGUGCAACACAUGUUGCCCAUGCUGACCUUACUACAACAGUAAGAGUUCAAUCUCCGAUGACAUGUCACUUGGAAGCCUGGCUUACAACUGUUGCAGGACUAACAAGAAGGGGCCUGAGCAACAUUGCUGUUCCUCCACCAGCUGCUGAAUGUCCCUUUGGUAGAAAUGUCACUGCGAUAUUUGGAACGUACCUUGAAAGUGAUCCCCUCUCUUUGAAAGAAAGGCCAGCUGAAAGAUUAGUAGAUGAGGCUGAAAAAGCAUUCAGAAGUGACCCUCAUUCGCAUCAGUCACCUGCAGCUGUUUCCAUUGGAAAUGUAGGAACAUUUUCCAGGGAUGGGAUUUCAGUGUUGCGCAAAUUCUGUGAGAUUUCAUCUCUGAAAUUGUCUGUUGUAAGUGAACAAAGGUGGUUAACAGAGAAUCAUGACGGUCUUAGUGUGGAUCAAAUAUCCUGCAUUAAAGAGGUGCUGUGGGAUCGGAGGACAGGUGAGUCGAUUUUGAGAGCUGGUAGGAAGUCCCUUGAUGUUUCAUCUUUCUCAACUCUGGUCGGUGAGAGGUACGUAGAUAAUUUUGUCAUUGAUGUCACGAUAUGGCACUACCUCCAAGAAUGUCUGAAUCAAGGAAGUUUGACGAGAGCACUUUGCCUGCCAUCGGAAACCCACACCUGGCUUGGGACAAACAGCCCUUGUUUUAUUCAGAGGAAGCUUGAGCAAGUAAUGUCAAAUUCUAGAAGGGAAGAACUGGAUGUCAUUCUGUGCCCGUUGCAUAUGAAUGAAUCACAUUGGGGGUUAAUUGUAAUUGAUUUGCUGAAUAGUAGGUUGUUGUUUGAUGAUGGCUACAAACUGCAGCCUGAUGCGAGUGUACUACCGAACAUCAAGUAUGUCCUUGAUAUUUUUCAACGUAUAAGGCCUGCUGCUACUUGCUUUCAAAAUUCCUUCUGGAAUGCCAUUAAUCAAUUUGAGCGUUUUGGUAUGCCAUCUCAACAUGGAUGCGCAAGAGCAGGUCAAGGCACUGGAAGUUGUGGUGUAGGCGUCAUUCUAGCUGCAAGAGAUUUCCUUCACAAGGGUGUAGAAGAGGUGGUGUAUCAGUUUGGAUGGAGUUACACAGAAAUGAGACCUUUGAGGAAACAGUUGAUGAUUCAGAUUCUUAAGUGGGGAUCUAUGUAG